AUGUCUGUUCCACCUUCGUUGCAAGGGUUGAAAGAACUGCCUUCACGGGCAGUCGAUGACAACUCAACCUUCCCAGAGGGCCGAUAUGUGGUCAACGCACCGAAACCGGAGGAUGAAGAAGAGCCAUUUAUCUCUGCAGAGGGGCCGGCGAUAGACACAAAAACCUGGUUCAAGUCACCGCCCUUCAGUCAAGCUGCUAUUCUGGCUCUCCAGAGCGUACAGCUUUUUGCAGACACUCAUGACCAGGGCUGGGUGGAUGAUCGUGCUCUUGGAAACUGGACAUGGCUGGAGGUGGCCAUUUAUGAGAAUGAGUCGUCCGACACCCCCAAGAAAAGAGAAGGCGUUGAGUUGGUUUGGAUGAGUCACAAGAAUGAUAUGGAAUCUAAAGAGUACAACUGGUUAUCUGGUGAGGUUUUCGCCAGCAAGCAUGAUCUUUUGGCUCUCCUCGAGGUUGGCAAUGUUAUUGCAGUGCGAGGCUGCGCCCGCUUCACUGGCUGGGAGUUGUACGGAAGGGCUGCCUGUCUUGUACUGGACAUGGGACGUCCCACCCCCGUCGAGCAGCCUCCUAGUUACGCACAGGUGAUAGAGGAUACCAUCGCAUUGCAACAGAUCUUAAACUGCGUCAACUCUAGUAACAAUGCGUACGGGCCUACAAUCACAGCUGCCUGGGACAGAGCGGAUACGUUUUCUGGCAAAGAAAAGCGACCUCUCCGUGUUCUUUCUUUGGAUGGAGGAGGUGUGAGAGGGUAUUCGUCGCUGAUGUUACUGAAAGAAGUCAUGGACAAGGGUGCUCCGAAUAAGAAGCCUUGUGAGGUAUUUGAUCUUAUUGGAGGAACUAGCACAGGCGGGUUGAUUGCUAUCAUGCUGGGCCGCCUGAAGAUGACCGUUCAGGAAUGCCUGGACGAGUAUAGCGCGUUGAUGAAGGAGGUGUUUGGAUCCGGAUGGAUACACGACCAUGUCACGAAGCCAGCCCGAUAUGCUGCGACAGGGGCGUUUUACUCCGCUGAGACGUUGGAGAAGGUGAUCAAAGCCCUGCUUCGGAAGAGGCUUCCAGCUGGGGAAGACGCAGAUAACGCACUGUUACUGGACGACAAGGAGAAUCCCUGCAAAAUCUUCCUAAUGGCGGUGCGUGAGGAAGCCGGUAAUAACCGAGGACCUGUCUUCCUUCGCUCCUAUACCAACGACCUUGAGGUGCCUGAUGCGGACCUGGCCGGUAUCAAGUUGUGGGAGGCUGCUCGUGCUACCUCCGCUGCCCCUGCGUACUUCAAGCCUCUCAAGGUUGGCCGCGUGAAACUGGUUGACGGUGGCUUGUUGGCGAAUAAUCCCCUUGGAUGGCUAUGGACUGAAGUCCUCGGUGUAUAUGGCCCAACUCGCGAGACGGACUGCUUCCUGAGCAUUGGUACAGGGAUGGCUUCCAACGUGGCCGUCGCCCAGCCGGGAUUCAACUUCAAAGGCGCAAUGAUGAGCUUCGUCUCAGUUGCAACUAAUACCGAGAGCACUCAUCUUCUUUUCCGCUAUCUCGUGGACGCAUUUGCUCCUUGCCCCCAGGUCAAGAAGUAUUGGAGAUUAAAUGUGGCCAAGGAGAAAAAGGGUUCCGAUCCAAAGGACUACGAAGAUCCCGGUGAGUUGGACGCUGUGGCUGGGAUUAAGAAGUUGGAGGACUGGACCAAGGAAUGGAUAGCUGCGCAGCAGGAUGUCAUCAGGACCUGUAGCGAGGCUAUUGGAAGGACCUUGAUGAAAAAGAGCGCAUAA